AUGGGCCUGGAUUCAAUCAGCCUGGCCACCCAAAUCCUGUGUUUCAGCAUAGUCCCGCCCCUGAUAGCUCUACGGGCCUUUGCCAAGUAUAAACUACAUCUCCCGUUUGGGGUAGACGAUGCAUCAUGCUAUGCAGCAUUGAUUAUGUUCAUGGGUCAUUGCAUCUCAAUUCUGUUCUAUACCUAUUCUGGAGGCACCAUUUCUCACGGCGUUUACACGACGCGGGAUCGUGAAAUCAAAUACAAGGUCUCCUAUAUAGCUACGAUGUUCUACGUCCCCAUGGUCCUUUUCGUCAAGACCUCUCUUAUAUACAUUAUGAUCCGGCUGUGGAGUCCAUAUCGUGGAAAGGUGAUUGCCUUGUACAGCUUCUUGGCUUUCAUCGUCUCUUACUACACAGUCAUACUGUUUAUCAAAAUCUUCACGUGCAACCCAAUCCGCUUGUUUUGGGAUGUCAAUCGUCACGACGGCAUGUGUUUGAACAGAUUCGCCAUCAUUGUGACCGACUCGAGUAUAUCUGUCACCACUGACUUGGCCAUUCUCAUAUUUCCUAUCGUCCUGGCUUGGACAUUACAUGUGCCUCUUUCUAGGAAGCUAUAUGUCAUUGCGAUCCUCGGAGCAGGUAGCAUUGCUGUCGCUUUCAGUAUCUAUCGACUGGUGCUGGUCGUCAGUGAAAGAAAUAGCUCUGAUGAGAUUGAUGUGUUCAUGAGGGUACUGUUAUCCGAUAACGCAGAAGGUGGACUGGGACUUGUCUGCGCGUGCAUUCCGUCCAUUAACAAGCUCCUCCGUCAACACAAACACAGUGAAGAGACCACGGAAGAAGAAAGAGAAAGGAUUGCCAAGUAA